UUCGAUGAUUCAAGCAACUUCUUAAUCUACACUACAUUAUUGGGCGUCAAGAUCGUCAACCUUGUGACAAAUCGCGCUGUUCGCCAUCUUGGGAGUCCCGAAAAUCUGAGAUUUGUCCAACUAGCGCUCAUUCCUCCGCAUGCUAGCAUCUCUAAUCUGGCAGCGGCAGGGUUCGAUGCUAGCUCCUCACUGGCUAAUGCAGUGCCCAGCCUUGAGAUGGUCGCUGCUAUGGUGGCCGGAACAGCUGUCGGUGCAACUUCAGAGAGUACAUCGUCAGGCAGCGGUGGCACCAGUGCCGAUGGAAUUUGCGAGGCGGACGAAGACCCAAUGAAGACGCCGACGAUUACGAUCGAUCCUGUUUUGGUGUGUUCGGCUUUUAAGAAGAAUCGCAUCUAUCUAUUCACAAACCGAGAACCACAUGAUAUCAAAGCAGAGUAUGUUAUCUCUCUUAAAUGA